AUGAAUACUAACACCUCUCAGCUCACCACCCUCGCUAUACUUGCUCUCGCAGCAGUAGGCCUUGCCCUCCCAGCCACCCCCGAUGCUACAACAACACCCGACGAGCAGCUAGGCCAUCUUGACUGCCCCAUUGCAGACUUGAACGUGGCCAAAGAAUGUGAAGACUACGGCUUCUACUGCGAAGACGAUGGGUCGGUUCAAGCCGUCGAAGCUGGGUUUGAAGAGUCACCUUGCUUUGAAUGGUGCAAGUGUGUUCGUUUGUGA